CCCAACACCCCAGAAGCAGAGCGUGACAUUCUCGUGUUUUUCUUCCCUAUGUACGUUCUACCACAUAUGGAGGCUGCCUCGUCCACGGUCGUUCGUGUCCAUGAGCUGUAUCUUUGGACAAAUUAAUUAAGCAGUGGAAAAAUUAAACUGCAUAUUUGAGUGAAAUGUAACGGAAGCCUGGGAGGGACAAGAGUGGAGGGAACAGGCUAGAAAGCAAAAGGAGAAGCACACUUUUUCUGGUUUCCUCCGCACACCACGCUCUGCUCCUUUCACAUGCCUCCUUCACCUAAUAACACUCCCGACUCCUCUUAUUGCUGCGCUUUUCCUCUUAAAAUUCAAAGAAGUGGGGUUUCUUCAAUAAUUGAGACAAAAGUGCCUUCAAGAAUCUCCUGAAUAUACGUAUUCUUCUUGUGCUUAUUGGAGAUGGCCAUAUUCACUCCAAGUUUAACAGUUGUAUAUUUAGAGCUUUUCGUGCCAAAUCUAAUGGCUUAAUCAUCAGGUGAUGGCCCAUUACAAGUGGCGGUGGAAUUGAAGAAAUGAAAGAAAAUGCAAGGGAAAAAAUAAAAAGACCCCUCUCCCGCUCCGCAUCCGCUAUAUAUACAUCCACGCUGGGUGGCAUACAUGCCCACAAACAUACAGCAAUGGACAUGACCACCGUGGGCGCCGCCGCCGCCGCCGCCACCGUGGACUGCCACAAACAAGUGCGCUCGUGGAGGCUGCUCCAUUCCCUGCUCCAACUCCUAAUCCCCACCUGCAACUGCACCUUCCUAGAAGACGACAACGACGACGAUCUCAUCAAGCCCCGCACUCUCCCGGCCUCCACCAUCACCGGCACUAUAUUUGGAUAUCGCAGAGGCAAAGUCAAAUUCUGCAUUCAGCUCAACCCUCAGUCCACCAAUCCAGUUCUGCUCCUUGAAUUACCGGUCGCCACCAACACUUUAGCCAAAGAAAUGAGAGGAGGAACGCUGAGAAUGGCUCUAGAGACCGCCACACCUGGCUCUUACUGCAACCUUUUGUCGACUCCUUUGUGGCGUGUCCACUGCAACGGGAAGAAGAUGGGUUACGCUGUCAAACGGGCGCCUUCAAAUAGCGAUUUAGAAGCUUUCAAUGUGAUGCGUUCCGUUGUCGUGGGCGCUGGUACUAUCAAACAGAAUGAGCUCAUGUUCCUCAGAGCCAAGUUUCGACGAGUUCGAGGUUCCUCUAACUCUGAGUCCUUCCACUUGAUUGAUCCCGAAGGAAGCGCUGGCCAAGAGCUCAGUGUCUUCUUUUUUCGCUCUAGGACAUCAUGGUUGCUCUUUUUUGGCAUUUGAGGAAUUGAUCACAACUUCAAUAACAAUAUUUACUGCUGCUUCGGCUACCCCCACAUCUGUUUCAUGUCACAAUAACUUCAAUUUGUCAAUUGUACCCCCGGCCGAC